GCAUUCACUGAAACCAAAGCAACAGUCCUAGCAGCUUUCAGAAUGACAGUCUGCAGAAGUGAGCUGAGCGUGUGUGCGGUACGGGGCUCUCCUGCCUCCUGGGCUCCAACGCAGCUCUGUGGCUGAAGUGGGUGCUCACCACCAGAAUGCUGGGCUAUGGAAUACAGAUGUGGCAGCUCAGGUAGCCCCACGUUGCCGGGAGGAAUACAUCAUGCUUUCCGAUAAGAAGAUAUUGUAGAAGCCAGUUUUUGUUUUUUUUUUUUUUAACGACCCCCCCCCCAAAAAACUGUAAAGAUGCAAAAACGUAAUAUCCACGAAGAUCCUAUUACCUAGGAAGAUUUUGAUGUUUUGCUACAAAUGCGGUAUUGGAAUUUAUUUGUUCUUGGAGUGUUCUGCGUGGCUGGCAAAGAAUAAUGUUCCAAAAUCGGUCCAUCUCCCAAGGGGUCCAAUUUUUCUUCCUGGGUGUCAGCGAGCCCUGACUCACUACAGUGCAGCUGACAGGGGCUGUCAUGCAAGUGGCCCCUUAAGCCAAAGCAAAAGACCUAAGGACGACCUUUGAACAAUACAAAGGAUGGGUUUCAAUGUAAUUAGGCUACUGAGCGGAUCAGCUGUAGCACUGGUUAUAGCCCCCACUGUCUUACUGACAAUGCUUUCUUCUGCCGAACGAGGAUGCCCUAAGGGCUGUAGGUGUGAAGGCAAAAUGGUAUAUUGUGAAUCUCAGAAAUUACAGGAGAUACCCUCAAGUAUAUCUGCUGGUUGCUUAGGUUUGUCCCUUCGCUAUAACAGCCUUCAAAAACUUAAGUAUAAUCAAUUUAAAGGGCUCAACCAGCUCACCUGGCUGUACCUUGACCAUAACCAUAUCAGCAAUAUUGAUGAGAAUGCUUUUAAUGGAAUACGCAGACUCAAAGAGUUGAUUCUGAGUUCCAACAGAAUCUCCUAUUUUCUCAACAAUACCUUCAGACCUGUGACAAAUUUAAGGAACUUGGAUCUGUCCUAUAAUCAGCUGCAUUCUCUGGGAUCUGAACAGUUUCGGGGCUUGCGGAAGCUGCUGAGUUUACAUUUACGGUCUAACUCCCUGAGAACCAUCCCUGUGCGAAUAUUCCAAGACUGCCGCAAUCUGGAACUUUUGGACCUGGGAUAUAACCGGAUCCGAAGUUUAGCCAGGAAUGUCUUUGCUGGCAUGAUCCGACUCAAAGAACUUCACCUGGAGCACAAUCAAUUUUCUAAGCUCAACCUGGCCCUUUUUCCAAGGUUGGUGAGCCUUCAGAACCUUUACUUGCAGUGGAAUAAAAUCAGUGUCAUAGGACAGACCAUGUCCUGGACCUGGAGCUCGUUACAAAGGCUUGAUUUGUCAGGCAAUGAGAUUGAAGCUUUUAGUGGACCUAGUGUUUUCCAGUGUGUCCCAAAUCUGCAGCGCCUCAACCUGGAUUCCAAUAAGCUCACAUUUAUUGGUCAAGAGAUUUUGGAUUCUUGGAUAUCUCUCAAUGACAUCAGUCUUGCCGGGAAUAUAUGGGAAUGCAGCAGAAAUAUUUGUUCUCUGGUAAAUUGGCUGAAAAGUUUUAAAGGUCUGAGGGAGAAUACAAUUAUUUGUGCCAGUCCCAAAGAGCUGCAAGGAGUAAACGUGAUCGAUGCAGUGAAGAACUACAGCAUCUGUGGCAAAAGUACCACGGAGAGGUUUGAUCUGGCCAGGGCUCUCCCAAAGCCGACAUUUAAGCCUAAACUCCCCAGGCCGAAGCACGAGAGCAAACCCCCUCUGCCCCCCACGGUGGGAGCCACGGAGUCUGGCCCAGAGACUGAUGCCGACACUGAGCACAUCUCUUUCCAUAAAAUCAUCGCAGGGAGCGUGGCCCUUUUCCUGUCCGUGCUCGUCAUCCUGCUCGUUAUCUACGUGUCAUGGAAGCGGUACCCUGCGAGCAUGAAGCAGCUGCAGCAGCGCUCCCUCAUGCGAAGGCACAGGAAAAAGAAAAGACAGUCCCUAAAGCAAAUGACUCCCAGCACCCAGGAAUUUUAUGUAGAUUACAAACCCACCAACACGGAGACCAGCGAGAUGCUGCUGAAUGGGACGGGACCCUGCACCUAUAACAAAUCAGGCUCCAGGGAGUGUGAGAUACCUUUAUCAAUGAAUGUGUCAACCUUUCUGGCAUACGACCAGCCCACAAUAAGUUACUGUGGGGUGCAUCAUGAACUUCUCUCUCAUAAGUCCUUUGAAACGAAUGCACAGGAAGAGACGAUGGAAACACACCUAGAGACUGAGCUGGACCUGAGCACAAUCACAACAGCUGGCCAAAUCAGUGACCAUAAACAGCAGCUGACUUAACUGAGCUAAGCGGUAGCCAAGGGUUGCCACCAAACUUUGUAACCUCAAGGACAAAAAUGAGGAAGAUUUGUUCAUUGUGGACUCUCAAAACAAAACAAAACAAAAAUCCCCUGUCAAACAAAAGUCCAAGAUCUAUUCAUGAAAUAAAGAAGACAUGAAUUGUUUCAAGUCUACACUUUGUAAUUAGCUAAGUUGUGCAGUAUUUUUUUGACUUAAACAGAGUAUGACCCUGAAAACAGAAAAAGAAUCUUUUUUUUCAAAACUCAUCCUACCUACCUGUAAAAACUGUACAGAGCUAAUGUAUUUUUCAUAUUGUAAAGUUUCAAUUAUAGAAACAACUGAUAUGUACAGUACCAUAAUUUAAUUACAUUUUACUUUACAAACUUUACACAUUUCAGUUUCUAAGAUUUUAAAUUAACAAAAAUUUAUUUCUUGUGUUAUUCAGAGUUACUCAGUUUUGUAGGGACUGUUUUGUUACUGCUUUUGUGCCCAGAAACCUUGACUCUAAAAUUCUGUGCUGUGCGAAACAUGCACGAUUUUUAUCAUGCUUACUGCGUAGAAUUUUAUCUACUUGUUCCAGAAAUAAUACAUUAACCAAAAAGGAUUUAAUUGUUGAGACUUGUAAGAGGUUCUUCAAUUACAUAGGCAGGUUUUUCUUAUAAAUGAAAAAAAAAAUCAAAGAUUUUUUUAACACUUCUUCUCAGACUUAACUGUUGCCUUGAAUUACAGCCUAGUUUCUAAGCAGUGACAUGUAAUGACAAAGAGGGAUAUUUUAACAACAUAUUUCUGAAUGAAUUGACUCAUUAUUUCAUUAUUUUGAGUAACCCAUUGUUAACGGUAGGGGGAAGCAUGGACAAAACAUCACUGGAAACAAAGGCUGUAACCACAGCAACAGACUUUGAUACACUUAAAAGGUGCAGCUGCCAGUGACAAAGAAAAACUUGUUACAUCUCAUUAUUUUCAGGCCAAGGUGGGAAGGAUAGAGCAUAAUAAUUGUACAGUAGCAAAUUUUCUCCUAAUUAACCCAAAGUGGUUUACCUAAAAAUAACCAUCAGCUAGUGCAAAAUGUGCCUGGUUUUUAAGACAACUUUUCAUUUAGAACUGCGAGGCUAUAUUUUGGGAACAUCUAAAGGGAAAUAUGUGAAAACUUUCACUUUGUGUGCUACAUCAAUCCUCUCUUGGAGAAGAACUCUAAACAUUGAUAGCUCAUUCAGUAUAGCUAUGAGCCAUGGUGGAGAACUUUAUAACACAAGUAAACUGUGAAUAUCUUUUAAUAUGUUCUAAAUUGUUUAUGUUGCCAUCCAUAAUGAGAUUUGCUUCUAAAUUAUCUGAAAAAUAACCCAGAGUAAUUUGAAGCCACCCAGAUCAUAUAGUGAUUAUGUAAUUUGUAUUAUAAAGCUAAUUUAAGUGAAAUUAUGAAAACCUAACUUUUCAGAGGCUGAAAUAAUCAACUUGUUUCUGUUGUUUGCUUGACACAGGUUAUUGUUUGAAAAUGUUAUUUUAUCUAUGGUAUCCACACAUUCUUUUGUGUGUUUUUUAUUAUAAAACUACAAGUUUCAAUUGAAUUGCACUAGGAGAGAUGCCUUUUUAUGUUGUCAUUUUGCAUUCAUAACAUCAAAAAUAGGUUGAGCAAAUGUCAAUCCAACAGGGGUCAAACACAAUCAAAAACAAUGAAGAAAAGAAUUUGUUAAGACCAAUGUCAAGUUUUUAAUUUCUUAUUUAUUCCAAAGAAAUUAUACCUACAAAAGUCUAGUUUUAUGCAGAUUUAUCAUGGCAAAUUUAAGAGCAACUUAAAGAGGAAUAAACUUUAAAAAUAUACAGCAAAUUUUUCUUGAAAAUACAGUCGUAAAAAAAAAUUGGAAGAAGCAACCUCUCUUACUAAUUUAAAUGAAACUAAAUGUCUCAGUACUUAUAUCAACUAUUUAGCAUCCCAGAUUUCGUAACAUAUUUUGCAUAAAUUAUUUGCUAUUCAAAAUUUUUUGUCAUUUUACAUCUAAUUUUCAUCUUUACUUUUUCCAAUUUCUAAUGUCUUUGCAAUAUAUUAUUCUUAGUGUUCUUAAUCCUCUACAUUAAGAUUUUGUUUUGCAUAGUUAGCAAAUUUAUAGAGGAUUAAUUAUAAAUCUAUUCUUGUGGGUCUGAAAUUGGAUGCAAAAUUUUAUUUAUUAUGUAAACCAAAAUGUCAUUUGCAAUCUUUUUUUCAUCAGAAGAUGUCCUUGCAAAGAUCAAGCAUCUUUUAAUUGGCGUAAAAAGAAGCAUUUUAUAUAUAUUUCCAGACAUUUUCAAAUUGAUAAAUAACUUUUAGACAUAUAAGGUUCUAGGGAGGUUCACAAAUGUAUGCCCUUGACUUCCUGAAGCAAACAUUUUUUAAACAUUUUAAAUUCAUCUAAGUAAACAACUAUAAAUAGAAGCAGUCAUCUUGGAACCACAGCUCUGUGCAUCUGAGAACUUAAUACAGUAAGAGCCGAAUAAACUAAGAAUUUUUACAUUUCUCAUACUUGAAAUUAAACCCAAAGGAUCUUUUACAAGAAAAAAAAAGAUGCUGGGUUUUUGUUUUUGUUUUUGUUUGCCUAAUUUUUAUUUUGCCAUGUUCAGGGCCAUGGGGGAGGGUGGAAAAGGGAGUGAAAACCUCUUAGAGGAAACUAUGUCUAGAAUCUUUAUCACACAUUUGCAAUUUAUAUAUUUGUGUCUAAAAUCCUUAAUUAUAACUUAUCUUUUUGAGUAUUCAGUGAUCUCCUACUUCUUCUUGCUAACCACCCUGUCCCCAAGUCUCCUCCCUCUCUGCCUAUUGCUCAUUUAAACAACAGAAAUGUUGAUAUGUUUGGGAUCAAAAAAUGCAGUUUGACCCAGCAUGGUUACAAUAACCAUAGAAGCUGCAGCAAAAAAUAAAUUUAUGCAGUGUUUUGAGGUUUAUAAACCACAUUUUAUAUAAAUUAUUGCAUUUUGUCUUCAUAACCAUCCCAUGAAGACACAUUAAUGUCAAAGAAGUUGAGACUUACCCAAGAACACAAGGCUAAUAAUUGGUGGAAAUGAACCAUUCUCAAAAUUCAUAGCCUGUUAGUCUUUCCACUAAACUAAAAGCCUUCUCUCUGAUCAGAGCCAGAGAAUUUCCAGAGAUAGUGAACAGAAUGAAAAAAAAAUGUUUGUCAUGUUGUUUAAUCUCUAAUUUAACUCAGUUCUUCUAUCUGUAUAAUAUAUGAGCUAAAUGAACUCUUUCUAUGUGCUACUCUGGCUCUCACAUUAAAAUUUUGUUCAAAAAGUAAAGCAAGUCAUAGAUUUCUUAACAUAUUAUGUCAUUUGUAAAUGUGCAGAUGAGUUGCUUCAAGGAAGUGGAUAUAUGUAGGCCCAAGAUAUGGACAUAAAAUCAAGAACCACAAGGAAAUAAAUCAAAGACCAUCUAAAUUGAGAUUGCGUGGGUUAUAAAACAGAUCCAUAGUGCGAUGUUCAACACAUGUUCAACACAUGUUCAAAUGAACACAUACUCAAUUCAGAGCUAAUUGGGAAGACUUUUAUAUUUUUUUCCUUUUUUUUUAAUCUCAGCAAGAGUACUUCUUAAAUUGUGUUCUUAAACCUUUCUUAAUACAGAAUAAUUUUCUCUAUUCUCCUAAUAAAAAUGGAAUGUAAUUUAUCCAAACUGAUGUACAGAUGCCAAAACAUAUUCUAACAAGCAAGUAGUAUUUUAUUGAUCUGCUCAUUUUUACCAACUCUCUAUAUUCCCUCUUGAAUGUUCCAGAAAACCAUAAAACCAUACAGAUUUUAAUAUAAAUUAUAUUUUUAGAAGGAAAGAAAACUUGUCUACAUUCAACAUUCAAGACAAAUUACAUAAUCCUAUCUGAAGUCAUUUCAGACUCCACAAACUCCUUGGAAAUAGCAAUAUCUCUUUGCAAAAAUAUUUUUAAAAAUAAAGCCACUGUAAAUGGGAGUGAAGACCUUAUUUGGUUAUGUCUGCUCCUGACUAGAAAACAGAUAUCAUGUCUCAACCUAAACAUUCAAAAUAAGUAAAGAAACUGAAAGCACGAAAAUAGAUAACAUAUGUGAACUAUUAGUAUGCUUGAAGAAAGAAGAUCAGAUGUGCUGAGUAGAUGGAGGUACAGGAGGGAAGAGGAAGUAGGACUGGCAGACAUUUAGCCUCAGGAAAAACAGUGAAAAAUCUUUACAGCAAAAAACAGUAACAUCUUACACUGACAUACCUCUUAAUGGUUUAACUCGCUGGGUAAUAAAUAGUAUAAUGACCUGGAAACACAUAAAAAGUCCCAAGGUCUAGAUGGGUUAGCUAUGCAGUUAAGAAUGCAGAUGCACUACUCUUUCAGUUAAGAGUUUCCAACUACUGCUAUGACCUCAAUGCACUACCACUGUCUCUAACUAGAGAGGUACCAAGCGCAGAAGAUCCAGGAUCCAUGCUUUCAAAACUGACUCUACCACAAGGGUAGAGUAGACUGACAAUCAGCAACUGUGCUUUAUUUUAAUAUCAAUUAUAAUGAGGAAGAAACAUUUAAGAAUACACCAGAGUGGUGAUGGGUUAUUUUCAAAGCUCUCUCACGGCUUCCAUUAUGAUUUCAAUGUGAGAUAGGAGGCUGUUUAUAUUUAACAUUUUUUAAUUUAGGGUAAAAUUCAUGUUUUAAAAAGUCCACAGUUGAUUAUUUACUUUUCUAUUAAGAACAGUGAACGUAAAGCAACAGAGUGAGUGCUUGAGCCAUCUAGGACUUAGAAAACUCUUGAGUUUCUUCCUCCUCUUUCCCAAACAUUUAUAGAUUUUGUUUUAUAUGUGUGUCUUACUGACAAGCUAAGUAAAAAUUGGUUUUGAAUAAAUCAAGUAAUAUUUCAAAUGCAUCAAGGGACCUUGUGAUAAAGGAUACUUGAAGUAAAUCCUAUUUGUUUUCUAAUCUGAAACAUCACUCACUAAUUUAUCAUUUGUAAGUUGAUUUCAAUAUAUCUUGUGUUAUAUAAUGCGGCACACCUGUACUGCAUGGCCUUGAAGGUUCUAUGAUGCAGUCUUUGCCUCAGGCUGUGUAAAAUAAAGAACUGACUCUAGGUUUUGAGCAAGUCUAUAGACACGGUAGUGUGAUCAUUUUCAAUCAAUUUUACUUAUUGAAUUUACCUGGAUUAAUGUGGAAAAAUAGUAUUAAGAUAACAUGGAUGAAUAAAGUUGACAGUUUUUUUUUUCUAUUUACUGGUUUAAAUUUUUGCUAUGUAGCAUAUCCUCAAAGUUAUUAUUAAAAGAAAAUCCUUGGGCACCUGGCUGGCUCAGUCAGCAGAGUGAGCGAUUCCUGAUCUCACGGUUGUGAGUUUAAGCCCCACAUUUGGCAUGGAGCCUACUUUAAAAAAAUUAAAAAAAAAAAAAAGAGUAAAUCCUCUGGGCCCAUCCUAAAUUUGCUGAAUCAGAGUCUCUGGAGCUAAUCUGAUGCAUGCUAAGUUUUGCAAAAUACUGUUCCAAUGAAUUUAUUUUUACCAAGUCAUUCAAUUGUUUUUUUAUUGUAGUCUGAAAUUAUUAAUUCUUGUGCUUUCUUGUGCCAAUGUGAACCUAGUUUGCUAGGCCUGGCUGAACAUUUUUCCUGACUGGAGGAAUGCAAAACAAAAAACAACUAUACAUAAAAUGGUCAGGUUGUUUCUUGACAGAUUGUAUUGUUUAUAGGUUUUGUUCCUCAUUAGCUCUUUCAACAGGAAUAUUUGAAACAAUCUUAAAUCAACACAGUUAUUCACUUAGCUAAAAUUUAUCAUUUGCUCCCAGGGAUAAUAAUAUAACAGUAGAAAAGCCAGAAGUGGGGAAAGAGCAAAAAACUGACUUAUGAUGUACCAGGCACUGGGCUGUCCCCACCUGAUUCUCAAAACUUUUUAGGAAACAGGUAUAGCCACCAUUCUAAAGAAGAGGAAAAUAAGGAUUGUGAUAAUUGAAUAACUUGCCAAAGCUCAUACAAGAGAGUCAGAUAUAAUAUCCAGCUCAUCAGACUCUAGGGCUGUCCUCCUAUCACCCCGUAAGCACCCUUUUCAGAAGUGAGAAAAAACCAUAAUCAAUAUAAUUUGACUCAAAUAUUUUAACAGGGGAUGUGAAGACAGCAGAGAAGGAAUAUACUUUCCUAUUCUUAAAUAUAAAAAAUUGCUUAAACUAUUUCACACUGUAUAGAGAUUUCCUUCAAUAUCUUAAGUCAGCAACUUAAUGGAAAUAAAUGUCCAUUACUUUCUUGAAGUUUUAUACAUUGUCUCCUAAAAGGAGUGGACAUUUAAAAUAAAAACCCUUCAAAAGAUAUUCCCAAAUAUUCAUGUUGUAUUUCCAUUUCCAAUUUCCCUAGCUAUAUUAUAAAACUAUAACAAAAAUAUAAGUGGGUAUCCACAAUAAAAUCUUUAACUGGCAAAAUAUAGAAGGAAGAUGUCACUUGAAGCAAAACCUCGACAGUCAAUAAAGUAACCACAUGCAAAUGACAACACAAAGAAAAACACCAAUAAUAUACAGUCACAAAAUGUUAACUGGCAAUGACAUGGCUUGAGUUGCAGGAUAUUUCCUAUGAAUGAUCCUAUGUGGGAAUAUUUUUCAAGGAGAAUUUUUACUUACCCAAAUGAUUUGUGCAGUGGGAGAACACUCCAGAAAGGAGGCAAGAAGAUAGCCUUUAUAAUAACGUUGGCCCUGCUUGUUCUAUUAUUCAGAACAGAGUAUACAGUUUAAAUAAAAAACAAUCUUCCUUGUGAAGGCAACGCAAAUGUUUUCAUCACUAUAUGCAGGUGGCCAAAUAAAUUACAUUUAUGUUUAAAUUCAAUCUUCAAGUGAAUCUUCCUCAGUCUCAGCUAUUAACAAAUGAUAUUUUAAAUAGUCUCAAUUUCAUUACUGUCUCUAGGAGAUUUUUAUUAAACCAUUGGACUAAAAACCUCUUCUAUUUCUCCCUGAACUUGCACAAGUCCAAGGUGAUAUAAUUCAGAAACUACAUUAGCAUUUAACUCUAUCAUACUACCUGAACAUGUAGCGUUCAUGUAAAACGCAUUGUCUUUUAUAGUGUGGAAUUCAAGAGACAGUGAAAUACUAAGCCACAUUUCUACUAAAAACUACCACUACUAUAACUGUGAUAAAAGUAUGCUAUAUGUUUAAAAUAAUAAAUCCAGAAAGAAAGGAGCUCUCGCAUCCUGCAUCUAAUAUCACUACAUGUGUUCAUUCUGGCACCACUACACCAUACAAAAAUUUUAGCUGAAAAUCUAAAGUAAUUCUGAUUUUGGAUAACAAAGAUGACCCUGCUAUCUGGGUUGAAGAUUCAGUGGACGAUAACGAAGAGGACAAAAAAUUACACAUACCAAGAGGUAAGUGAAAGAAAUGUGAUUUAAUGUCAUUGAUCUGCGGAUAACUUUUGAAACUAAGAAUUAAAAUUUACAACAUUUUGCAUCUAAUGUCAUCAAUAAAGGCCAAUAUGGACAUUAGGGACUAAAAGCAAAUAGAUAUUUGUGAUGGAAAUAUAUGUCAAACAAUAGAUUAAUAGAAUUAACUGUACCAAAAGAAAUAAUAUUAAGAAUAAAAAUUAGUUAAAGCACUAUCAUUUUUCCAGGGAGAAAGUGAAAAGUCAGAAUAAAAGAUUCAAACUAAAUACCAAAUGUUCUUUCAAGAUCAAUUUUGAAAUGUCCGAAAACUAUAAACCCCAAAUUAGUGCUUCAACAAAAUGAGUAAUUACAUUAAUUCACAUAUACCUAGUUAAAUUCUGUUACUGAGAAAUAACUUAUAUUUAAGAUAUAUUCCAUCUGUUCCUACUAGUUUACAUCAGUAAUAUAUUUGCUUUCAAUCCCAGAUUCAUAAAGGUAAUGCCCUAAACAGAAUGAUGAAGAUGUGCUGAAAGACUGGAUCAAUCCUGUCAUUCUUCUCUGCUAUAAGGCAAUAUUAGAGUGGUAGACCUACCAGAGAGCUGGAAAUAUCGUUUCUAAAAUCCUCUCUAGCAGUUUUUGACGUAGACACUUGUAACAUUCAUUAUCUAUCAGUCUUAUUUUAUAUUCAUUUAUAAAAUAAGGAAUUACUGUCUUGAGAUAAGAGCCUGGAUGGCCCAUUCCAGCUCUGGUUACAAAUGUAUAAUAGAUUUAGGUAAAAACAAUGAACUCUGAACUCUGCUAUCUGAAGAAAGACUUGAGAUCUUUGUGAUGUCAACAUUUUCUUACCUUGGGAUUUGAUGGAAUCUUACAUUCACUGUAUUAUACAUCCUUCAAAGCUCCUUGCCAGUUUCCUAUUUAACAAACUUCAAACUUGAGUUCCUUAAACCAACAUUACAUUAUAAACAUGGCUAUUUCAAAAUGAAUCCUUGUAAAAUUUCAUCAUUUUGUGGAAGGAUAAAAUAAGGCUGGGGUAGUAGCUUUUCUUGACUUUUUCUGUGUCUUUGAUUCCAGUUAUGGAAUAAAAAUGUGUAAGCUCAGUAUGACACCUUGGUACUACCAUAAUGGAAUUGGAAGAAGAGUCUUCUAAUGGAUAAACACUUCAUGUAAUAUAAAACAGAAAUGUAGUUGGAGAUCACUUCUUUUUAACUCAAUGAAUGAUCUGAUAUAGUUUUCAGAUAAUGCAUGCCUUCUUGCACCUGAGAAUAUAAAUAUUAUUGUCUAUAAUGAUGACAUGUUUUCUUUGUCAUAUACUUUUUGCUUUCUGAGGCAGACUUCAGACAAUUGAUUGUGCUCCGUAAUUGCCACCAGAAGAAACUUCUAUUUAAUUAUUUCCAGAAAGAAUGACAUAAUACUGAGAACUUUAAGAUAAAAUGAUAAUUAACUAACACUUAAUGAAUGUUUACUUUUCUAAACAUUUUACAUGUAUAUAUUUAAUCCUGAUUAAUAUGGUUAAUAGGAUUAACAAUAACCUUAUGAAGUACUAUUGUUACCUCCUUAAGAAGAUAAGAAAAAUGAUGCUCAAAGUGAUUAUAUAACAUGUAGCUACUAAAUCAUGGAACAAGAAUUCAAAUCCAGAUGAUAGGUAUACUGACAAAGUGAUCGCUACUAACUACCCACUUAAAGUCCAUUUCAAAAGCCCAUUUCUUAACUUUAAAAGUAUAUUCACUGAAAGCUAUAACUGAAGACAUUUUUCAAUGUAAUGGAUGUUUAUUACAUACCUAAUAUAUGUCUGGUGGAGGGUAAAAAUCCUUGAGAGAUACAAAAGAAUAUAUUAAAUAACUUGUUCUCAAGAGACUUACAGUCUUAGCAAGGAGAAAAGACAUCCAUAUGAAGCAAAAACAACAACAA